GCUGCGCUGAGUUGAGCGUUGAGGUGGUGCCGAGUGCCGAGGCCCAGUGCUAGCUCAUUGCCGCGAUAAACGUGGAGCCCGCAACACAGACACGUGUUUCUUUUGUGAGCAGCUUAUCUUGGCCAGCAUGUCCGCGUUCAGCCGGUUCUGAGUGAUGUUUACCGCGAUGUCAGUGCUCAUCAAACCACCUACAGUCAAGAAGAAAAAGUUCUCCGUCGCCGCCACCAAAUAACAGUGACAGUUUACGAUUGUGAUUAGCCCUACGAUACAAGAUCUUUAUCGGAAAUUAUUUUGAUUGGAGCUGAACUAUCGAUAGAAGAGAGUUGUGACAGUGGAAUUUUUUACUUCGUCGUCGUGUCAACUAUUGGAUAACUGAGGAAAUCAAGAUGAACCAGCAGUGCAAAGUGUGCGGCGAACCCGCGGCCGGCUUCCACUUUGGUGCUUUCACCUGCGAAGGCUGCAAGUCUUUCUUCGGCCGCUCCUACAACAACUUGAACUCGAUAUCCGAGUGCAAGAACAACGGCGAGUGUGUGAUCAACAAGAAGAACCGGACGUCGUGCAAGGCAUGCCGACUGCGCAAGUGCCUGCUGGUCGGAAUGUCCAAGAGCGGAUCGCGCUACGGCCGCAGGUCCAACUGGUUCAAGAUACACUGUCUACUACAGGAGCAACAGCAGAGUCAGCAGAAAAACAAUGGUGGCUCCUUGAAGGAUUCAGUGGGGCUGCCGCAGUCACCCAUGUCUUUCGACCCCAGACUACACAUGCAGCUGAUGGCUAGAAGCAAGGAUGAGCUGCUGAUGCUGAGUCUGGAUGAGACGUCUCCAACAAUCAGUUCUCCCGAAUCUCAUAACUCAGACUCAUCAGUGGAAGCUGGUGAUGGGAGGAGGUUGAGCGACAAAAACAACUCACCCUACUAUAAGCCUGCAGCAGGACCCUACCUACCAUUUCCCUCGCUUGCAACACUCCUUCCGCAUCCUGCCUUUUUCCCGCCAAAUUUUCCUCCGCAUCAACAGACUUCUCCGCUCAUCUUCCCAUCGCCCAACUAUCACCUGUUCCAACCGAAACCCGCCUACCCGACUGCGCACAUCGAGGAGGAGGACUACGGCAAGCGCUACUUCCUCGACGCGGUGCUCAGGUCGCAGCAGAGAUCUCCCACCAUCCGCAGAGACAGCUCGGGCACUCACGACGACGAGGAUUGUCCCGAGGACGACGUCGAGCAUGGAGGCAUGGAUGACGACGACGUGCCCAUGGAUCUCUCGGUCAAGAGUCCAUCGCGAACAAAGUACUCUGACUCGUCGUCAUCCGAUCGCUCUCACUCCGACCAAGACGAAGACGAAGAAGUGAAUGUCGACGAAAUCAGAGACGAACAAACAGAACUACAUGUCGAAGUUGCAGAUCCAAUCAAAAGGACUGCGCCACUCGACCUCACAACCAAAGUUUGAUGAAAAUCGAAAAUUAAGCUUAUUAUCGUAUAAAUAAUAUAGUCAUACAUCAAUCUUCAAAAUGACUAUAAUUCUCGAAAAGCUCCCCUAAGCCAAUUAUUAAUAUAACUAUUGUUAGGCUUAUGAAUGUGACGUAUCGCAUCAAGUUGAAAGAUUUGAUUCCAGUAUUAAUUAUAGAAUAAGAAUAUACUUUUUUAAUUAUCUUUUUGUUACCAUGAUGUUUUUCUUGUGUCAGGUUAGAAAAAGCAACGAUUACAUAACAGAAUAUAAUAUUCACUUUAUUGAAUAUUUUUGUGUCAAAUUUCACGUGAAUAUUCCAAAAGCUCAACGUUAGAGCACCAGGAUUAAGUUCUUCUUCAAUCAAAUGAAGUAAGCAAAGAAUGAAAUGAAAUUCCAUGAAACUCAUUUUAUUGACAAGGCAAGAUGAACAUUAAUUAAUUCAUAGCAUAUUGGAAUUUCUAUAUUCAUCAAUUCUUUUUAUUUAUGUCAUCUACUGCUCUAAGGUAUAGAGAUGAAUACUAAACUUCCAAAUUGAAAAAUGAUGAAUUUUCUAAUUUUAGAGUACAUUUGGUACUCAUGAGAACCAAAUAUAUUGAUUGUUAUACAAUCAGUAUUCAGAUAUUCUCUUUCAACCGAUAUCCUGUUCACCAUAUCCAUCUUCAACUAUUUUCAAUAUUUAAAUUUAUUCUUAUAUAGGUGAAGAGAAGAUAUAGUCACCUCAUUUAGAAUCGUUUAUCAAAAUUAAAAUCAUAAUAUAUUUACGUUAUUUUUAUCGUACCAAAAUGCUACAACGUUUUAUUUUCAUUAUAUUAAGUGUAUAUUUUUGUAUUGCAUAAGAUGUGAAUAUUUAUUUUUGAAGUGAUGGUGUUGAGUAUAUUUUUAUGAAGUAAUUCUCUUUAUUGUUUUGGGAUAAGAAUGAUCAUGAUUUUGUUUUGCUAUCACUUUUCCAUGAAGUAGCUGAAUUUACUUCUAGUCUAGUCAAAUAAUAAUCUUUUUCAAUCAAUACUUCUGAAGUACAUUUCUUCACUUCUGGAAUCCAAAGUAUACCCUUAUGAUAAACUUUCAAAAUAAAACAUAAUAAUUGGGACGAAGUAUCUCAUGUCUUUCAAUUGAGAUUUUCUUAAGCUCUAAGAAAUUCAAGAACCUUACUUAGUUAUUUUUUAGGAAUCAUUCAUUUAAAAAUGCAAAACGUUUUUGUGACAAGAUUGAAUCCUCCAAAAACGUUAGUUCAUCAAAUUACGUUGCAAACUGAAAUAUGUGUUGUUCUUUUCUACAACUGAUCUGAAAUAUAUACAACAUCAAAAAAGUGCCACUCUUAUGUAAAAUAUAUCAUAUUGAUUGUUAGUCUAUCAUGAAUAAAACAAACAAACUAUGUCAGGAUUUCCCUCUUUUUUACAAAUAUUUCAUUAAAUGAACUCCACUUUGCUCAUUCAAAAAAUCUUAAUGAAGAAAGCUGAGGUCGGUCUAUUCUGUGAGAAUCAAUUCACAAUCAUUUGAAUCGAUUACCGUACGUUGUCCAAUAAUCGACAGUAUCCAAUGAUAAUCAGCAUUUAUUAUAUUGGUUUAUCGUAGUAGUGAGAAACUCCAUAUCUUCUGUGAUCAUAGGGUGAAGAACGUUUUUUAUUAGAAUCAAUAGAAUACAAAAUCGAUCAAUAAUCAAAAUUAAGUGAGCACAUGUUUAGGGGAUUUGAAAUCCACUUGGUCUAUGAGAGUUUUCUCAUAGAAUUUUUUCAUAGAGUAGGCAAGUGUUAUAUCAGAAUCAUCAAGUAGAGAGAAGAUACUAAAUUGUAUGAUGAAGUGAUAAUAAAUUAGGUUUAAGUGUCACAUCGCAUUUCUCUUUCUGUCUUGAAAGCCAUAAACCUAAUAGAUUGUAUUGGAGUCAUACGGAAAGGACAGCAGUGUGAAUUAGUUCAAGAGAAUUUCUCCAUACUGCUUGACAAGGAUGGCUUCACCUCCCGAAAAAUAAUAUUCCGUGACACUGUGAAUCCCAGCAGGAUACUUACGUGGUAAGGUUUAAGGUAUAGCACUUUGUUCCUCACGAUUGUAACAUUUAACACAAGUUCCUGUCUCAAUGGGUGGUUCUUCCAUUCUUCUAAUACCUUCUGGCCCACCACGAAUUUAAUUUUCGGGAUAACCAUAUUUAAACGCUCUGGACAACUUUUUAGAUAAGGAAGAGAGCUUGACGCACUUUUAGGUUUCAUUUUCCUCUUGCAUAAUUGAAUAAAGUGGGUUCCUAGAUUCGAAUGGCAGUCAGAAAUCGGACGAGUGUAAAAUAAUUGAUGCAUUAACGAGGUAACGUAUUUUGAGAAUAGGGGACACAGCAAGUUGCCACUACGUGAUAUUCAAUUUAUCUUGAUUAUCAUAGAAUGCACAGCAGAAAACCAAUC